AUGAGGCAUAGCGCCUUCACCCUUCCCCGCCUUCCCUCUCUCACCACCUUCCUUUUUCCUAUCGUAUUUUCUCUUUCUGUCGCGGCACAACCUGCAGCUCUCCCCUUCACAGAAUGCACUGUCGGCAAUCCAAUAGACCCAUCCCUCAAGAUUAACGCUUCUACAAUCUAUGGACAAAUCGUGACAAACGACAUCCUCGGCAGACAUCUGAACUUGACUGUCAUUGGGAAUACAGGCCAGACAAUCGAGCCAAUAUCUAGUGACACAAGUCUUCUCUCUACUAUUUUUACAACAAGCUCUGUACUGUCCAUAAACAUUUUCGAUAACAGCACGUUUUUCUGCACGAGUUUGCGUCCGGCAUCCCCAUUGCCGACCGAGAAUUCUACCUAUUUCUUUUGUCCGGUUAGCGCAGGUCCGAUAGCAUUCUCUGCGGCAGUUCCGUUGGGCAAACAUCAAUACGACCUUUUGACGAUUAGCACACGUUUACGAAUAGUGGAUACUUCUUCACCGGCCGUCGAGCUAGGAUGUUUUGAUGUGGCUACUACACCUCUCACUGGGAGGCGAGUUGCAGGCUCAAUUUACGGCGAUGCCGCGAUUAUCUUAUGGGUCAGCGUGGCGGUCUGUAUAGCGUACUGGGUCGUCAUUGGGUUGGCGAGGCUCAUCGCAGCAUGGGGGCGGGGCGGGACAGGAUCAAGCAGGAGUCUAUGGUCGCGUCUGGAAGGAGCGGGUUAUAUACUUGCAAGCGCGAUUAGUGGUGAACGUUUCUCAUCCACACCGGCUCUGCUUCGAUUCAGCACGCCGUCCAUGCGUGAUAUUUUCUUUCACACGCAGUGGUGUGCUGUCUUAGGUAUGAUUGCUGUUCAAUGGCCGACUUUUGCGUAUCCAAUGCUUGCACAGACUGCCUGGUCAACACUCUCAUUUAACGUCACGUUGACACAGGGCGAUAAUGCUUCCUCAAAGCGUUGGAACCCAUUAACAGUUCAAGACUACAAUCCGCCAUCCAAUUUUGCCGAUCAGCUCAGUGAUUCAAGCUCCCCGGUUUUUAUCGAUGCCAGCGUGCCCAAUUCUUUGCUUAUGUUUCCUGAGGGUACAGCUGCAGGCAUUGCUUCGCUUGCUGCCGCCAUCGGUCUCAGACCACAAGACUUAUUUGGCGUAUGCCUCGUGCUGUUUUUAGCCAUAAUUGCUGGCGUUAUCAUUGUAAGCCUCCUCAUCUGGGGGCUUGAUCAACUUGGUCUUGCGCUGUUCGGGGGUAGGGAGAAGGUGUCUCCCUUUGGCCCUCGAACUCCAGCGUAUAUUGCCGCAAUGAAAGAAUCUGACAAAGCCGGAUCUCCGUCGGCUGACGACGAUGGCACUUCUGCCGCUGGCUAUCGCUUGUUUCGUUCAGUAUCUAUCCCUCUGUCAGGUGCAGUAGGAAGAAGAAGUUGGUGGCGGUUCUUGCGAAUAAAGCCCAGCUCGUUUCACGGCAGCAUACUCCACGGCAACCUGGUCCGGGUACUCAUACUCUUCCAUCUACCGAUCACGAUAUUUUCUACCUACCAAUUCGCAAACGCUCGCUCCCAGUCUUCAAUAGUCUCCGUAGUCCUAGCGGUGUUAGCAUUCACCCUGUUCUCAAUUGGAAUUCCUGUCUUCCUGGUCGUCCGCCUUUAUACGACUGCGACAAACAAGCUUUAUGACGAGACUAGGACACUCAUGAUGCUGGGACCCCUAUACAACCAUUAUGCACACGGUUCCCAAUUAUUUGCAUGCAUCUUUUUUGCAAAUAAUCUGAUAUAUGGAAUCACUAUCGGGUGUGGCCAAAAGAGCGGAACGACACAGGCGAUUAUCAUUUUAGUCACUGAAAUCGUGACGUCCUUGAGUACGAGUAUUUGGUUACCCUGGGGACGGGGUGCAACUAUGGGCUUGAUCAGUUUCUUUUUCUGUGUCGCGCGCAUAACUGUGGCUGUUCUUCUCGUCAUUUUGACGCCUACAGUCUCUGUUGGCAUCUCCGCGGGAAGCUGGAUUGCGGCCUCAAUCUUGUUUAUCCUUGGUUUGAUGUAUCUCGCAUUCCUGAUGAUCUUAGCGGUCAAGCUCUUCGAAGCACUGCUCCGUAUAAUCGGCCGCGUUCCCUUUGAUAGAAGCAAGCACACGCUUGAUACAGGGCUUUUAGGAGUGAUGGGCUUAUUAGGCUGGUGUACACCAAGAAAACGUCGGCGGAGGCGGAGCCGUCGUCCGCUAGGUAAUGAUGUGCGCUCAUCCACACUGGGUUCUACGCAGCCAUUUGCAAUAGGCAACAAAAAUUCGUCCCCACCAAGUAGUUCACACGGACCACCGUCAGUCCUGAGACCGGAACAUGCCCUACGCCCUUACAGAGAGGAUAGCGACGAUGAGAGCGGUUUCAUUAUGGGUUCCUGGCAGCCAUUCCCGCAACCAGGGUACGGCCCUGUGGAGGAUCGGCCACCAUCACCAGUGGUAGAAACGCCACCCAAGUCUGGUUUCGCUCGCGUUGGUGGAGGACGAGCACAUUACGACACGCCUUACGCGAUUGCUAACCGGGAGAAGUCGUCCUCCCCCAUGGCUAAACACGAGUUCCCCUCUGUAGAACGAAUACGACAGGCCAGCCCUGUACAAACUCCUCGGUCAAAUACGCCGACAAAUAGGUCUACAGUCACUGUCAACCACCCGAGUGCCUCCCAUGCGGUAGGCUCUGGACUGCCGCCUGGUGCAAUGGACGCUGCUCGGCCGCAGGUCCAUGUACGAACCAAAUCACAAGUCGCUAUCGUCGAAGAUGCAUCGGAAUUGUUCAAUCUUCAGACAGGGAGUUCUGCCGUUAUACAGGACGCAAAUGACUUGGCCCGCCCGACCAUCGCAGUUGAUACCGACGAUUCAUCUGCUGAUAUUGCACAGCCAAAACGGACUUUGUGGGCUAAGUUCCGCAGGAAUCGUCGGAUGAGCGACGGUAAUUUCCCUUCUGAACAACCUGAUGAAGGAACUGGCAAGUCCUUCGUCGUAUUGCGCGAUAAGCGCGUCUCUCCCGCCACGGAAGCUUCCAAGCCUGACCCUGCACCGGAAGCUGCUCCAGAGGAGAACCGUCGUUCAUUCGUCGUGUUGCGAGGUAACGCCGCUGAAGACAAUUCUUCCUCCGCCCCCGGCAGAUCAACCCGUAGACAAUCACAAACAUUCUAAACACGUUGUACAGCAAUCUGGUUUUUUUCAUGUUCAGUAUGCUUUCUUUGUGUACUUAUCUCGUUAUCUCCUUUGGACAUUCUGUUGCUACGCCCACGGACUCUCCCAAGUUUGUAUCAGUCUAAUUUUACACCAUACAAUGAACGCUUUGUUGCUCAUCAGAUACAGC